GUAUGUAUAGUUCGUGCGGGAUUGUUAGAGUAGUCCCAAAAUCCAAUCCGCCGCCGACGACCAUGGGUUGGUCAAUCCCCGCCUCCUCCUUCCAGCCCCCCGCCGUGAUUCGCGCCGGCGCCCGCUACGCCCCCUGGGUUCUCCUCGACAGAAAGGCCUACUUGGCCGUCCGCGACAACGCCACCACCGCCGAAGCCCUCACCAGCACAGGCCGCACCGUCAAGAUCACCUUCUGCCUCGCCGACCCGCCCGCCAUCUCCCACUUCUGCGUCCACGGCCCCGAGUUCCGGCGCGGUGACUUCGCGAGCGAGCCCCUGGUCGUCUUCUCGGCCAAGGAUCUUGUGCUCCUCCGCUUCGCCUUCACUGUCGGCCGCCUCGAGUACUUCGUCUACAAGGCCGGCCGCGGCAAGCCGCCCUCGCUCACGCGGAUUCCUCGUACUCCUCCUGGCACCGCCAACUCGUUACACAAGUGCGUCUUGCCGUUCGACGACGACGAUGGGGGAUUCCUCAUGGCCGAUCUCUUCAUGACGAAGCUCCGCUCAGACUACCAGCUCCAAGUCUUCUCUUCCAAGACGGGCAAGUGGACCAUCACGCCGUUGCGGUUGCAAACAUCUCCCGGGGUCAGGGAAGAGGACCUGCCCGGCCCUCGUCUCGACAAGGCGAUCGCGCUGGGAGGAGGUGCCGUAGGCUGGGUCGACCUCUGGCGCGGCAUUCUCACCUGCAACGUGUUUGACAAGAACCCCGUUCUAAAUUUAAUCCCGAUACCCAAGCUUGCAUACUCUAAUGAGGAACGGAGAGCUGCCCCGCGGCUGGUCCGGGAUAUCACCUGCUGCAAUGGUCGCAUCAAGUUUGUCGAGCAGGAACUUCGGUUCAAAGUGUCUAUUAUUCCUAGAAAGACUCUGGAGGAUAAUGUUGAUAGCUUCGACAUCAUCUUUGAUCCUCGGCCGCUCUCCCACAAGGAGGAUGAUGACCGUGCCAAACUCGUGCUAGCUGCUGUCUGUCUUGGUUGGAAGCUCCGAACAUGUGAUAGGCAUACCACCAGGAACGACGAUUGGCACAAGGGGCACACAGUUGAUAUGGAUGCCAUCUCGGUCGACAACCCUGACCAUGCUAGGUUGCUCCCACAGCUCUGGGAUGCCCAGGCCGGGAAAUCAACUCUGUGGGAUCUGUCUUCAACUUACCCCACCCUAGGCAUUGACGAUGACGACAUUGUUUACAUGAUGACUAAGGUAAAGUUUCAUGAUAACAAGGCAUGGAUGAUCGGUGUCGACCUUGCAAAAAGGGCGGUGGAAGUGCUCAUACCAGUUUCUUCAGAGAGAGUCGGUAAUUUCAAACCGGACAUGAUCCUCGCCUGUGAAUUCUCCGAAUAUCUGAAUGCAACUGCAAGCUCAUCUCAAUAGCGAGGAGAGGCCUGGACCAUCCUCCUGUCUGCACUCUCUGCAAUCAAUGCCCGGAAUCUGUCGACCACCUGCCCAUUUGCACGGGAGAUCCUGUUCUGGUUGUUUAAUCCUAGACUAGAGGCCUCACAUCUCUUUUGCCCCUUGAUACAAUCAGAGAGUGGUGGUCUUCUCUACAUGAUCGUCUGCCACCCAGGAAGAGGAAGGCGAUAAAAGUGGUGAGCAUCACGGGGAUGAGGAAGAUUUUUCUCAAACGUAAUUCAUGAGUUUUUCGUAACAAAGCAGAAAUAAUCGACCAUGUGACCAAUUUAGCAAUUGAGGAGAGGUCAAGCUCUGGGAGAAGGCGGGAUUUAGGGAGUAAUUAGAGUUUCUUGGGCAGAUGGCACUUGCCACAUUCAUAUAAUCUUUCUUGUUAUUAGGCUCCUUUUCCAAUCUUAAUGAAAACGACGGACAAUCUACGUUGCCAGUUUCUUGAAAAAAUGUAUUUGCUUCAGGUCAUGUAAUGAUGCAACAAACGUGCACCAAAUGCGGUGCAUAAUUGUCAUCUUUCACCGGACUGUAUCUGAAAACAUUAUGGUACACUGUG